UGAUGGUAUGAUUGUAUGAGUUGUAACAUAAUAGUGCACUCAUGUCCAAAUGCUAAGGGGAAUAACUCUGGCUAUGUGUCGAGUUGUGGAAACACUUCCUGUUUGUAGGCCCUAUAUGUGAGCGUGGCUACGUUUCAUUCGACGGGUACCGAUACAAGCAACAUGAAGGCAACACUGAGAAAUCUCGCUGUCCUGUGUUUGGUAUCGGCGUGUCUGUGUGGUCAACAGUCAAGCAAACCACUGGUUAUUACCGAAAAUAACUGGACACAGUCAUUGGAAGGAGAAUGGAUGGUUGAAUUUAUGGCCCCUUGGUGCCCUGCCUGUCGUGCAUUUACAGAUACAUGGGCAAGCUUUGCAAAAUGGAGUGAUGACUUUGAUUUUAAAGUUGGUGUUGUGGAUGUCACAGAAAAUCCAGGACUGAGUGGCCGAUUCCUGGUAUCUGCACUCCCAUCCGUAUACCAUGUAAAGGACGGAGUGUUCCGACAAUACAAGGGAGGACGUAAAGAAAACGAGCUAGUCAGCUUUAUUGGUGACAAGAAAUGGGAGGCGAUAGACCCUGUGGUGUGGUACCUGUCCCCCAGCUCUGUACAAAUGGGAGCAGUUGGAUUCUUCUUCAAGGCUGCAAUGCAGAUCAGAGCGCUGUACAAUGUGAUGACGUCAGAGUAUGGGAUCCCGGAGUGGGCAUGCUACGUCAUCUUCGCAGUCAUGACCAUAGCCCUUGGUCUCAUUCUUGGACUGCUGAUCGUGUGCUGUUGUGACAUGGUGUUCCCCACUAAGUACCUGCCCCCACCCCCUCACAAGGACAGACUUGUGACCCCCCAGCAGCCAGAGGAAGAAUUAGAGUCACACGAGGGUACCGAGGAUGAUGAUUCAGAAACAGAAGACAUCCUGGACGACACACAACAUUCACAGUCAGAAGGGGAGGCUGUAGAAGAGGAGGAGGAGCCGGAGAAAGCUGUAACAAAGGACAAAGAAGAAACAAAGCCAGAAGAAGCUGGUGAUGCCAAGCCAAGACGCAGGAAACCAAAGAAGGCUGACUGAUCGUAGUGUAGGAUAGUGUUACAUUGACUUGGAGUGCCAACUUGUGUAUGGUGUAUGUUGAGAUGUUAAAUACUGUGAAAGGAAGUGAAGAAGUCUAAUUAACCACACUUUAUGCCUGACUUGUGAAAAGGGAAGCUUGACUUGUCUCUGUUUUAAUGAAGUUGAACAGUUUCCAUUUUGUGAGACUGGCAUUGUCUAACUUAGAUCUAUUUGAAUUUUGAUCACAAUAGCUGUGUUUCUGCAAUGCAGACAUCAUGGGAAAUCCAGUCACAAUAUUGGGUCAUUUCAGUAUUACUUUUUCCACAAAUAUCUCUGAUAAAAAGAAUGUCAACAGAUUUUUGAGAAGAGAAUUUUGUACCCUUCCCAAAAUGUUUUUUUAUUGUGAGGGUGUGUAUCAUUUGUGCCUCAUAGUUUUUACUAAAUAUUCUGUGUGAUUUUAAGAGUUUUGUCUGUUUGAGGACAGAUAUGUGAACUAACAGUCAUUAAUGCAUUUUAAAAAUGCUGAUACUUUUACAUAUCUGGUUAGAGGAACAAUGUAAAAUUAUGUAUUUAUAAUACAUAAUGUAUUAUUACUGUGCUCAUGUUAAUGAUGUAUGAAUGUUUUACAUAGUAUAGUAAAAAUCAUGAUUUGCUAAUUGAUUACUUAUUAAAAUUGCCAUACAAAUCCUUACACAGAAGUGUUAUGAGGCAGAUUUUUUAAACAUAUUUCAAUCAGGUCUUCACUACACUCUGCAAGAUAUUUUGUAAUACAAAUAUAUACUAAGAAUUUCCAGGCACUUUCAUAUUUAUUGAAUUCUCUCCUGUUCUUGCUAAUAAUUUUAAAGAUGACUGUUAAUUUGUGUGUAUGUAAAAAGAUAUUCUAAUAUAGGUGUACAUUUUUAUGAUGAUAAAUAUUCUAACUCUGCUUUUGUUUGAUGCAGUUUGCUAAAAUUUCAAUAUUAUUUCAUUAAUUUACAUAUGUUAACAAUCUGGACUCUUCAGAAAUAUUUCAGAAAAUUUUCGUGUUCACACUUAUAUUAAAAAGCAUUCGUUCCUAUGCCAUCUUAAAAUGAUUAUGAUAUUUACAUUGAUAAUCAAAAACAUCUGUGAGAAAACAUGAAAACCUGAUAUCUUGGAUAUGUACAUCUCGUACUUACCUAGCUGUAAAUAUCUUACCCAGUUGUUUGUUCAUGUCUGUUGCAAACAAUCCUUUUGACAUUUGUAGAAUGAAAAAUAUACUUCACAAAUCAUCCCUUUUUAUUUAUAGUCGCAAGAGUUUGAGAAAAAAUAGCACAAUCUUGACAAUUACUACUAAAUACCUCCUAGUUAUCUCCCUUCUCAUUUAAAAAAAAUUAAAUCUAGUUUUACAAUUAACAUUUUGACACGUAAAUCAAUGGUAUAAUAAUUAAACUGUUUGAUGCUGUUGUAAUUAUAACUUAUUCUAGAUGAUAAAUAAAUCUACCAGACAGUGGAACCUUGUUUACCUUGACAGUUGUUCUCGGAAAAUAUUUUAGAAUAACAAAUUUUAUUUAGAAAGUGUUAGGAAGUGACCAGACAAACACAGUAUGGAUAAACAUGGUUCCACUCUUGACUUCAUUUGCAUAAUACUAAAGUCAAUUGGAUAAAAGUGUGAAUCAGAAUUCUCAAGACAAUGAAGAACUUCAACUUUUCAUUUGUCCUUCAUUAAAAAUAACUCUUUAUUUAGAUUCAAUAACUACAAAAAUUGUUAGCCUGGAUUGUCACAAGGAACCUAAUAUUGAUCAAUGAUCUAUAAUAAAAUUGUUAGCAAGCUUACAACUACUUUGAGUAGUCGCAUAGCUAGUUGGGUUGUCGUGUGCCGUGUUUGAAAAUAUAUGAUAUUGGGGGAAAGGUACCUAAUAGUACAGUACAAAUGUGUGCAAAUGAAUAGUGGCGAGAUGGGAUGAUGAAGUGGAGGAAGCUUUAAGAUAUCAGUCUUCUGUAGAGUUCUUACGCUCACUCAGCGGUGUAUAACACAAGGAACCUUCUGAUGUAUAGGCUUUAUAUGUUAUGCCAUUCCAAAUGCAUGCAACAGUACUAUUUUUUUUAUAUAAAUACAUAUUUCUUUGUGCUAUAUUUGACUUUAAAAAACGAACUUAAUUUGCUGCUGACAGGUUUUAUGUUCACUAAGUCUAAAAAUAGACAAAUGCUCUGCAGUAAACUUGGAAAUUGUUUACCUGUUUAUCUAUUAAAUGGACACUUCAUGUUCAUCUAUUCAUGAUUCUAUAAAAAACAAUAAAUCAAUAAGAAAUAAAACAAGAAUGACAUUUUAUAUUAAGUAUAAAUUGCACUUUAAACUAUUUGUUAAGCUAUACUUCAAAUAUUCUUUUUAACAACAAUACAUAGUAUUUCUGUUUUAAACUUUUCUCUUACUGAUAAUACAAAACGUAUUUCAUUACCGUUUUUGUGAAAAGAAUACUGUAAGUGUUAUUGUUAAAAUGAUGUUUCAUUAAUUUCGUUUAUCUUUGAAUUAUGACAUGCCCAAUAUGUAUUGUUGUUUGGGUUUAUUGUCUAUAGGAUACUGUAACCAGCACUGGGACAGAUGUCAUCAUUCUUUGGUUCACAGCAGUGAUUUGCCUAUGCAAAUAAAUCGUGUCACUUUA